AUGAUCAUGAACGCUGUCGCCAUGAUCAUCUCGGCCAGCUGGCAGGAAGAAGGGCGAAACCUGAAGCUCUGCUCGUCAAAACCUACCGACAUUCGCGAGGGUGACAGCUGGACUGGAGAAGUAGCGACCGCGGCAUGGUUGGCAGCGGAGCGAUCCUCGUAUUCUGUCUUGGCCACAAAAUGGAGUUUCAGCCCUGAUGACGCAUCGCCGCUCGUCAGAUCCUGCUGCAAGCUGGUGUGGACGGAGGACACUGCGUUCUAUGUUGACACAAGCAAAGCUCACGUUACAUCGAUCAGUGUGCCGUGUCCUUCGCUACCCAAUGUCGCCGGAUACAGACCAAAAGGCACAGGCAUUUUUGCAACGUGGCUCGGAGGGCAAGAGGCCAGAUCAGCGGCGCUCGUCCAGAGCCUGUCAAAGCCCCCAGCGACGGUCAAGGGGUGGACAUUGAGCAGAAAUGCAAGCGUUAGAGAGCCACACAAGCAAGAAGUAGCUCUCCGGCGAGUCGACGCCAAAUCCAUCGACGAGUCGCGUCCCUGCUCCUCCGCUGGAUCUUGCAUUCCGUUUUUUCAUCGAGCAACGCGCAACAGUGCACCGCCCUCGCCUGUCCUCGGCAACUCCUCCUCCCUGCUUCCAGCUGUACCUAUCUGGCCGGUCUUGCACCAAGCAAACGUCUCCUGCAUUUUCUUUCGCGAUAUGACAGUCGGUCUCCUCGCGCUGGCGCUCGCUGGCCUGACGGCAGCUUCUACUCCCCACAAGCGUGGCGCAGUGCCAUCCGACUACAUCAUCGGAUCAACCUAUCCUGCCUAUCAUGCAAACGUGCAGGGCGCCCGCACAUUACCCUUCAACUUGCUGAGCUCGGUCGACUACUUUGUCGCCGAGACAGGCACAAAGCCCGGUCUCAACUACUCGCUCGUUAGCCAGCCACCCAACCCUGCGCCUUACACGCAGCAGAUCACCGCACUCGUCAAUGGCGCUCGUGAAGGAAAGACAAAGCACAUCAACCUCGCCAUCGGUGGAUGGCGCGGAUCCCGCUACUUCUCGACUCAUAUCGCCACCGCCGCUUCGCGAGAACUUUUUGCAGCGGCUAUCCUUGCCGAUGUCAAGAAGUACGGCUUCAAUGGUCUCUCAUUCGACUACGAGUAUCCCGGUGUACAAGGCAUCGGCUGUAACGUUAUCUCGCCACAGGACACUUCCAACUUUUUGACUUUCCUGCAACUCGUCAGAUCAAAGGCGCCAAAGCUUCGUCUCUCGGCUGCAGUGCCUCUCCUGGGCUUCACAGAUGCUACGGGUGGCAAACUGGCUUCGGCCGCAGCCUUUGCCAAGGUUCUCGACGCCAUUGAGCUGCUCACAGUCGACAUCGCUGGUCCUUGGCUCGCACACGCCGGUCCAAACUCGCCCUUGCAUUCGACUUGUGCCACGCCAGACCUCGUAGGCCUCUCUAUCGAGGACUCGGUCGCCUUCUGGACCAAAGCCGGUUUCGCACCAAAGCAAAUCACCAUCGAAGUUCCUGCGUACGGUCAUGGCUUCCAGGUCAAGGGUCCCAUCGUUGGACAGCUAUUGGGUGGUCAAAAUGUGUUUGUCUACCCUAAAACCACUGGCGUGCGCGUAGAUGGCGAUUCUCUGGCCGAUAAAGCUGGCAAAGACGUCUGUGGCGUCGAGAAUCCGAACGGAGGCACAUGGCGCUACUCUGCGCUUAUCACAGAGCUCAAGGCCAUCGAUGCUGCUGGAAAGCCUACCGAGGGCUGGACGCGCUACUACGAUACUUGCUCGCAGACGCCUGCGCUGUACCACGCAGAGACGAUGCUGUGGAUCAAUUACGACGACGUUGAAUCGAUCAAAGCAAAGGCAGCUUUCGUCAAAGCCAAGGGACUCGGCGGCCUGAUCUUCUUCGAUUCGACUGGUGACUAUGAGAACCAGCUGCUCAUUGCUGCUCGCGAGGUGCUGUCAUCGGCAUAG